AGUAAGCCCAAUUACCGGCAAUUACCCUUAUUCCUACAGGCAAUCUCGUUUACACGCGCCACCUAUGAGCGUGGGGAAGCCUUCAACUCGCAAGGCCAGACUUCUCUACUGCCCCAAACCUCGUGUUAAUUUCAACCAUCCAUUGCCAGCUCACUUUUAACACGACGCAAUCGUAGCCGUUAAAAAAAUAGCUCGUCUUUGUCACGCUCCGUCAACUCGCGUGAACUACCAAAACUCACUUUCCCCCCUGCGUCGAAGAUAAGAAACUCCGUUUGUAGAUAUGGGAAGAAAUCUACCAAAGGUAUGCUUCCGAAACCCUAAUUUAACUUCAUUACUGCUGCGUAAACACGGCGGCGCUUAGUAGCAACGGCGGAGCAGCAGAUCACACGUGCCGAUGAGCUAGUUGUGGUAAAUUUAGUUUGUGUUUUCUGUGAAUUUUGGGGAUUUAUUUAUACUUGUGUUAGAUCGCCGGAAAAUGUUGGGUGGUGGAAAUGAGGGUUUGACGGAGGAGGAUAAGUUGAGCGAGCGUAAGGUUUACAGUAGAAGGCCGUCGUUUAAAGGGAUUGAAAACAGUAAUUUAUCGAUGGAGCAGCCGAAUGUUGAAGCUGUGGCUAUGGCUUCUGGUUUCGACUUGGGUCCGGAUAAUUUUGUCAGAUCCAAGUCGGAUAAGGUCAGGAUAAGUUUAUCCAUGAAGUCGAAACGAGAAGCGGUUGAGUUGAGGAGGAAGCUGGAAGGCGAGCGGGAUAUGAUUCGGAGUUUGAUGACGAAGAUCGAGGCGGACGAGGGUCGAAGAGUUGCAGCACGCAAGUUUGAUAAUCAGCUGAGUGUUUCGGUGUGCGAUAAUAGCAACGCGGCGGGGGUGAUUGAUAAUUUGGAGAAGGAGAAGAAACGGACGCCGAAGGCGAAUAAAAUGUACAGGAAUUCGGAAUUCUUGCUGGCGAAGGAUAAGAUUCCUUCAGCCGAGAGUAACAAGAAAUCGAAAUCGAAUGCGAAGAAGGGGGGUGGAGCGAGUGGGCAGGGGGUGGGAGUGAAGAAGUUUCCGAAUCCGGUACUGAAAAGUUGUCAGUCGCUCUUAGACAAAUUGAUGAAGCACAAACACGGUUGGGUGUUCAACAAGCCGGUCGAUGCAGUUGGUCUCGGUUUGCACGACUAUUUCGAAAUUAUUCGAAACCCGAUGGAUCUUGGUACAGUGAAAGAUAGGUUAGCGCAGAAUUGGUACAAGUCUCCUAUGGAAUUUGCCGAGGAUGUUAGACUUACAUUCAAGAAUGCUCUGACGUAUAACCCGAAAGAGCAGGAUGUUUAUUUGAUGGCUGAUCAGUUACUGAAAAUAUUCGAGGACAAAUGGCCCGUCAUCGAGGCUGAUUAUAUGCGCGAGUCGAGGCCAAAUAUGAAAAAGACUGCAGAUAGAUCCGAGUCAACGAAUGCUGGCGUUGACCCAUUAAGAAAGACGAUGAGUGUAGCUCAAACCGGGAAGGUUUUUGUGAAAAAGAAGCCGAAGGCGAAGGAAUCGAAUAAAAGGGAGAUGACUUAUGAAGAGAAGCAAAAGCUUAGCAUAAAUCUGCAGAAUUUGCCGUCUGAGAAGCUCGAGAACGUUGUUCAGAUUAUCAAGAAACGUAAUCCCUCGGUUUCUCAGCAAGACGAUGAGAUCGAGGUUGACAUUGACGUUGUUGAUACCGAAACUCUUUGGGAGCUCGAUAGGUUCGUUACCAAUUAUAAGAAGGGUUUGAGCAAGAACAAAAGGAAGGCCGAUACUGUUACUCAUGUAGUAACUGAUGUAGAGCAGAACACUAAUGAAAAGAUUGCUAAUUCAAUUGUAACAGAAAGCGCAAAAGAAAGUAGAGCAGAUGAAGAGAAAGUUGCCUCACCUCCAGCUGUAGUAGAAGAGCCAAAUCGUAACGAAACAAAACGAGGAGCAAGCCAGAGCAGCUCUGGCUCUGAUUCCGGAUCUUCAUCCAGUGGUGAUUCUGACGGUGAAAGUUCCUCGGUAGAUGGAUCAGAUGGCGGCCGAUGACCAAAGUAUUCAGCUGUCGAGAUCUCGAUUGACGGCCUACUGACUUAAUUCCUCCAAGCCUUGAUAUAAACAUAGCGCCUGUGUUGUAAGAUAGAAUCACCGUUGACGAUUUGCAGCUUUCUUGUUUUAGCACGCAGGGUUGUUUCCGUCUUUUGUUCGAUUUGUAAAUUCCUGUAGUGGCUGAUAAAUAUAUUAUGAAAUCAGAUAUGUAUGUAUGUAUAAUGAUUGUAGAUGGCUAACCUGUGCUUGUGUCAUAUAUACUUCUGUAAGCAGAUGACUAUUGGUUAGUUAGUUGUAAGAUUGUGGUAAGAUUGUGUAAUUUAUGUUUAGGUUAUUAUUUUCCUUAAAAACAGUUGUUGUGGAAUCUCAAAGCAUUGUGUGCUAGUUGCGUAAAAAUCCCAGAUUCUUAGCGACAGCUGUUUAGAUACUCGUGAAAUAUUAUUUUGUUAUCGUGUUUUGUUUUAUAAUCAGCUUCCGACGA